ACUUUCAUACUAUGCAAGUCACCUCGAAAGAGUGUUGUAACAGUAUUAUUUAUUGGAAAGACUGUUCUGUUUAAUUGAUAACUGAAAUCAAUGUCGAAAAAGUGGAAGUAUUUCAUCUAAAUUUACCAUAAUACAAAAUGAGAUUGUGGUUAGUAGUAAUUCAUAUCGUCUUGGUGGCAACGAAUAUAUGGGUCACAGCACAUUUCCAUGAAGAACUUCCUGAAGAUAAUGAAUUCGCAGAAUUUGAAGACUUCGAAGAAGAAAAACCAACACAGUCAAUUAACGAUCGUGUAGUAGAACAUGUUAAAGAAUCAAAUAUUAAUCAAGAUUUUGAUGAAGAUGAUGUAUUAAUAGUUGAUAGUGAUAACGAAUUUGAUCACUUCGAUGAAGAAGAGUUUGAAGGAGUAGAUGCUGCUGGUGGAAACACAGGCUCAAAAAUCAAUGAACCAUCAACAUUAACAAUUACCAAAAUACCAUUACAUUUACGAACACGAUGGGAUAGUUUCUAUUUAGAAAUAUUAAUGAUUAUCGGAUUGCUGGUAUAUUUUAUUAAUUAUCUAGCAGGUCGAUCGAAAAAUGCACGUAUAGCAGAAAUGUGGCUGGUGGAACACAAACAACUUUUACUCGAUAAUUUUUCUCUUGUCGGAGACACAGGACGAUCCAAUGAAGAUGCAUCUGAAAAUGGUUUAGUAAAAGAAAGUCAAUCACAUUACAGUUUAUAUUGUUCAGGAAGAAUUGGAUGUGAUUCUAUGCUUAUUGAAUUAAAACUAAUUAAAAGGCAAGAUUUAGUUGCAGUGUUGGCACAACUUGUACGACCUCAAAAUGAUCAAGCACUUAUACGUAUAGAAUUAGCAAAAGAUGAAACAGAUAAUUUUGUAUUAGCAAUAGCUACAAAACGUACUGCAAUGCAUUUAGUACGUGAUAUGGCUGAUAUUAGUGUGUAUUGUCCAGAAAAGCGACCAGGAGAAAAAUUUGGUCUUCCAUCAGGAUUUUACGUAAUGUCUGAAAUUAAUGAAGCAGUAUCAGCUAUUUUAGAUACAAGAGUUUUACAAGCAUUUACAAAGUAUGCGCAAUAUAUUGAUUAUGUACACAUCAGUGACCAAUUUAGUGGCCCCAAACAACAAGAAGAUACAACUCAAUUAACAAUGCCUGAAGUAAAGAGAGUUUUACUGGUGGGAUUAAAUAUAAGUAUGAAAGGUCGUACUACCAAUGUAGAAGGCCAAGAAAAAUUGAAAAUGCUGUUACAAUUAACCUUCUAUUUGUUAGACAAAUUACGUCGUUUCAAACUAUCUAAAGAGUCUAAAAGCAAAGCAGACAAAAAUAGACUGAAAGUAGAGGAAGCAUUUUUAAAAACAACUCAUGCUGCUAGAGCGGAAGCCGCAGCGCAGCGGAGAGAAGAACGUCGUAGAGCUGAAAAAGAACGUAUUCUUCAAGAAGAAGAUCCAGACAAGCAAAGAAGGUGGGAAGAGAAAGAACAACGAAGACUUGCUAAAAAGAGAGCACCUAGAAUGAAACAGCUUAAAGUUAAAGCAUUAUGACCAAAUCCAGUUAAUUAUGAAGACAUUGUUAAAGCCUUUAUUUAAGAGUCAUGAGAUACUCGAUUGAACUGCCCAUUCAUUCAUUUAGUAAAACUAUAUUUCAACUAUAUCCACCUUUUUUCGGCGUCACUCAGGGUUCAUUGAUCAUUUCUUAAUCAAGUUUUCCAAAAUAAAGAUAAUGUAUAGGUAAGUAUGAUAUACUUAAUAUUCACUGUGGUGAAUUAAAAUCAAUUUACAUUUUUCUUAAUUUCUCAUACAUGAUUUUACUUCGUUUUUCUUGUUAAUAAUAUAUCAAUAAUGUUAAAUAUU